CGGUACGUCCUCGACGCGACGGCGGCCUCGGCGUCGCCGCCCAAGCGCCCCGCUCAAUUACCACAUAGCGUCGGCACCUACAAUGAGGUUUCUUCAUGGCGUCCUUUCGAGAAGAAUGCUGUGAGAUUGUUCAAGUCUUCCACUGACAAUCGAUUGCUAUGCCGGAAAAGAGACGGACUUCGUUCACCCGAGGACCUUCGUCUCUGCGCCAUCCAUUUGGGCCGUUUGAACCAUCUUCUCUGGUAACUGAAGACGUUAUAGAACUGUUGCAGGACUCAGGACAGGAGCAUAAGGAAGUGGAAAGUGCGUCUCCAAAGUCACAGGAGGCUGCAUCUGAGAAGCCACAGUAUCGCUCGCGGUUCGAUGCUCCACCCUCUUUGGGUCGUCUUUUGCUCGUGCGUCGUGCAGAGACAGCAGGAAACAUUCCUGAUGGACUGAACACAAAAAUAGCCCGGUCUGCUCUACAGUCCAAGUAUAAGUCGAUAUCCAAGUCGCCUCUGUCUUUGAAUCGUCUGCUGCGACAGGCCAGUAAAGGCGUACCACUAGGAUCGUCACUGACGACUAAUGGCGUGGGAAAGAAAGUACGUACUGACGAAGUUCUCGAUACCAUCACGGACAUACUUUCAGAAGGUAUGGCACCCGGAUGGUCUAUGAGUAUCAACUUCGAGGACACUGAGUCCGUUUCCAAUAAAGAAGACGAUCUCAUGACGAAAGUAUUCCUAUUUGACGAAACCGUGGACGUUGAUCCGUCUCCCCACCUGCCUACCGCUGAAGAACACCUUCAACAUUUGAGAAAACGGAAAGGAAGACGCUCGCAGAGCCUCCCCUCAAAGCUAUCUAGGCAGGUGCUCAGAUUAGAUGGCCUUGGAGUGUCGGGCAUGAUGGAUCUACUAGACCAAGGCCCCCUUAAACAUAAGCAAUGUGAACCUCCUCUGAGACGUUCAAAGAGCACGUCGGACAUUGCACUUCCUUCUCGCAAACAAAAGGGUUUGAAGAAAUUGAUUCCCACCUCGAGGACUGUCAAACCUCCGGCUUCCAAAUCUCUCAUUCCAAAGUCUCGCAAAAGCAAGUACAGACACUCAGCCAGAUCACUAAUACAUGGCAACAGUGGCCUGCUCGAUCGUUUCCUCACUUGUCAAGACCUUUUAGUCCGAGAAGUCCAAGCCAAUGCUGCUUACCUCUUGAUGACAGAGCAGUUGGAGGUAACCGAUGUGCUCUAUCGAAUUCGUGAAAAGAGACAGCUAUUGGAGAAGAGUCUUGGGAAUGGUCGUUCAUUGUGGUUUAGAGGCAGUCAAGCCAGGAAGCGAGCUCAAGUUGACCUGAAUUCGAAGUCGUUCGAUGUGAAGGGGAAGGGAAGAGAGGAAGUUCAGCAUUCGGUGCGGUUGAAUGAGAUUUUCCCGUCUGGUCUGACCUCUUCGGACUUCUUCCUCAAAAUCCUGGAGUCCGAUAUGAUGGAUCUAGCGUCUCUCCGUACGCCAAGACCUUCAGGCCCUUCGAACUCGAAGUCAUAUCCUCGAUCGAAACGGCCGGCCCAGGUUGUGACUGCAGUCACCGUGAACGACCCGCCCAUCGCAUCGACGGUAGUUCGAGUUGAUUGAACUUACGCCGCCAUCGCCUUCCGAGGCCUCACACCACACAUGUCCUUUGUCGGUGCUCUGGCGUGCCCCAGAACAACGAGUAUCUUCGGGAUUGGGAGAGGAAGGGAGUAUAUGCACGAUUUGCUUUCGUUUGUAAUGUCGUCGUGUUUGCGCUUCACGUCAUGUUUUCUUUAACGUGUUGAGUACAGGUUGUGUAAUAACUGCAAUGACAUCCUAGCCGUGCAUUCGCUUCAUGGACAGCUCUCGCGACGGCCUGCUUGCGAGGUACAAAGCAACGCUGGGCGUUCGCGGCGGCCUCCAAGGCGUACCUCUCCGUCUCCAAGUCCAAGAAGGCUAAUAUGUCAUACGUUAACAUCCUGCCUGGUUCGACCGCGUUGGCGUUUCGAGCUGCCGCCAGCAUAUGAUUGCUGUCAUCCCUACAUAGCGAACCGUCGGUUGCCGCUUUGGAGGACCGCAGUUCAAGUCGGCGUUCACAAACACAUACAAAUGUUUGACACUGUCCUUUAUGGACAUUGAUUAUCCCUUGCGCGGAAUAUCGUGCUUGGACAUGAAGAUCCGAAUGCACUGUACGGGAUGGUCGGAAUCGAGUUCUCGUCACGCCGCAACCCUCAUUUCACCUAUUGCCAAUGGCGACCGCACUACGUACACGUGCAGAGGUCAAGUUAUGACUCGUGUUCGGAAUGGUGAAAUACAACUUUUGCGCAGUAACAGGUUGCGGAAAGCGUUUGGAAACCAUGCCUGGCAAGAUCUGUUAGUCUCUGAACCAUAUCUAGUCAAAUAUCCGCUUUCCACGUUACACUCGCUUGAGAAUGUCCGUUGUCAUGUCCGUCGCAAGCUUCCUUCCCCCUAAUGUUUCAACUUCUUAUGAGGUGCUGUGCUUGGGAAAUUCUGUGGCCGUCGCCCUUUCGUGUGUUUCUGAAAUUGGUAGAUAUUACAAAUUACUCGGCUGCAUUGAACGUGCCUGACAUUGACGUGAGGACCUCGAAUGGUAGAAUUGUUCUUGAUUC